GAAGCUGACACGACAGGGCAGUGGCAAGUUUUAUAAUUACUUUUAUAUUUAAUUUGAUAAAUAAUAAUAAUAAUUACCGAAUUAAUAACCUCAAAUAAUUAGAAUGUCAACCUCAGAAAGGCUGAGGUAAUGCACACAUGCAAGAUGUAAUUUCAAUGACACAGGCCUACAAAUACCAUGCUCGGACUACAAAAUCUCUGGUCAAUAAAACACUUCAGAUCCCAGAAUGCUUAGUGGCAGUGGUUAGCUUUUAGGAGAAACUACAGGAAGCCUCCAUAAAAUUGUGUUUUUUUUUUUUUUUUUAAACAUUAAAUCCUCAUGGCACUACUGUAGUAGUCUGAGACGCACGAAAGAAACAUGUCCCUGUUUCGUUUAUCAUCGAGACACAAAAACUAAUUUCGCGUCGCCGUUCAAUAUGCCUCAGUCAACUUUAAUUGAGGUGAGCGGAGAGAAAGUAGUGUAAGUUUUCGUACUGUGGCUAGAGAAUGGAUGAUAAACCAUAUGACGGGCUUCAAUCAAAAUCACGAACUCUUCAACUUCGGGACUCAACUUUGAAAGCUUUAACACUUCUUCGAAGGAAAUUAACCCACCAACAAGUUGCAGAAUUGGAGGCUAAGGAGGCCUGUGACUGGUUACGGGCAGCCGGGUUUCCCCAGUAUGUGCAGCUAUACGAAGCCGCGCAUUUCCCCAUUGACAUUGCCUCUGUCAGAAAGGAUCAUGGAUUCCUGGACCAGGACUCCCUCAAAUCCCUCUGCAGGAGGCUGACGACACUAAACAAGUGUGCUGCCAUGAGACUGGAGGUUCACUUUCAGCGCAAGCAGAGUGAGGACUCGGAGGAGGAUGACGUGUGUGCAAUCAGCGACCGGUGGGCUUUCCAGCGCGAGAGCAAAACCUGGUCACGUCUUCGGCCGCUCUCCCCAGGCUCUCCUGGCGACGGAGUCGGCGCCCCACUCCGACCUCUAAGGGCAUCGGCCAGUAGUGAGAGCGUGCUGAGCGACUUCAGCAACCUGGAGGUCACCUCAGUCACUUCUGCGACCUCGGCGCUGAGCGAUAGCAGCCUGAGCGUUGAGAGUGCGCGUGAGACCAGCCCAUCAGAUGGGGCGACUGCCUUCUGCAGUGGCGUUGCAGUGGCAGCCGACGCCCACCAGGACGCAGACGGCGAGGAGGAGGAGAAGCAGAGGGCGGUGUCACCGGCGAGGGAGAAGCCCAAAAGAUGCUCGCGGUCCUUCUUCCGGAGGAUGGAGUCGCUGAGAAGAAAGGACCAGGAACGGGAUGCGGUUGACAUGGCAACAGUGGCGACGAUGCAACCGGAAGGUCUCCACUGCACCUCCAAUGAGAGCCUGCCAGGGCUGAAGACCAAAGCAGGGAAGGCCCACACCAUCUGCAGGAGCAGCCUCAGCCACAGCAAACUACGCGACUUCACAUCCUGUGUUCCUCGCCGCACCUGCCUCUACCUGGAGGACUACCAGCUCGCCUGGGCCCGUCCCCAAGCCACAGACCGCAUCGGGCCAUUAAGGAAUAGGCAGCAAGGAGGGCGGCUGGUCCACCUGCCCAAGGAUCACAAGCCCGGAACGUUCCCCCACUCUCUGUCUAUUGAAAGCCUGUGUCCCACCUCACUUGGGGAUAGCGGCAACACGAUUGGCUGGCCCGGAGAAGAUGGUGACUUCUCAGUGGGGAGCAUGAGCAGCCGCAGCGGCUCACAGGACUUCUCCAACGAUGACUCCACGUUCCGGAAAAGGCGGAACUCCACGUCAUCCAUCGGCAGCGUUUAUGACAACGUUCCAGAGGCCAGUGGAAGUUCAGAAGAGUUACUUAAUCUGACUGGGGGUGAACAAACCUUGGAUCUGGAUGAUAUUCUUAGACAAGUUCAUGGACUCCAGCACAACAUUGACCAGUGGUCACGGCAGCUUGACAAGUCGCGCACGCAAGAGGACUCUGCCGUAGAUACUACAAUACCCAGUAGCCCAAACUUGGAGGAGCAGUCCAUGUCGGACAUGGGGACGACCAUGAGUGACUAUGACAGCACUGGAAACUCACUGAAUGACGGCGACGGAGAGGGCGAGAUGAGGGAGAGGAGGGAUUCUGGUGUCGGAGCGUCACUCACCAGACCAAGCAGCAGGAAGCUUCGCUGGCACAGCUUCCAGAACUCGCACCGUCCGAGCGUGACUGCCGCCUCCCUGGAGAUCAACCGUCAGUCGGCUGCCCAGCUCAACCUGCUGCAAAAGCUCUCCCUGCUCCGCCUCACCGCCAUCAUGGAGAAGCACUGUGAGACCAGCAAGCACGGCUGGAACUGGGCGGUGCCCAAGUUCAUGAAAAGGUCCAAGGUGCCGGACUACAGGGACAAACACGUGUUUGGCGUGCCGCCCAUCGUCAACGUGCAGCGCACUGGUCAGCCUCUACCUCAGAGCAUUCAACAGGCCAUGAGAUACCUACGCAGCCAGUGCCUGGGACAGGUGGGACUUUUCCGGAAGUCAGGCGUAAAAUCCCGUAUUCAGGCCCUGCGGCAAUUAAACGAGAACUCCCCGGAUCAUGUGACCUACACGGGCCAAUCAGCUUAUGAUGUGGCUGACCUCUUGAAACAGUACUUCAGGGACUUGCCAGAGCCUGUCCUCACUAGCAAGCUCACUGACACAUUUCUGCAGAUCUAUCAAUGUGUCCCCAAAGAGCAGCGCUUGCAGGCGGCACAGGCAGCGGUUAUUCUGUUGCCGGAUGAAAACAGAGAGGUCCUACAGACCCUGCUCUACUUCCUCAGUGACAUUGCCUCGGCACCAGCCAAUCAGAUGACUGCGGAGACCCUUGCUGUGUGCCUGGCCCCAUCAAUACUGCACCUUAAUGUCUCCAAGAAAGAUGGCAGCUCACCGCGGUUGAUUAACAGAAAAGGCGGCAGCAAGCCCGACCAGAAGGACCUGAGUGAGAACAUGGCAGCCACUAAAGGCCUCAGUCACAUGAUCGCAGAGUGCAAGAAAUUAUUCCAGAUUCCUCAUGAGAUGAUGCUGCAGUCCCGUAACUCUUACAUGGCAGCAGAUGCUCAGCCGCUGCCGCUGCACGCUCUGGGUGUGAACCUGCAGGGCGAGCCUGUGGACUACCGGGCCUACCUGGAGGACAAUGUUCAGUGCCUGCUCCGAGAGGCCAGCGAGAAGAGCAAGGGCUGGCACAGCGCCCCUGGGCCAGAACACACCGAGCUGGCAUAUAAGAAGGUGGGCGAUGGGCAUCCGAUCCGGCUGUGGCGUGUGUCGGCGGAGAUGGAGGCACCGCCGGGGGUGGUGCUGCAGCGGGUCCUGCGUGAGCGCCACCUGUGGGACGAGGACCUGCUGCACAGCCGUGUCAUCGAGAGCCUGGAGAACAACACUGAGGUGUUCCACUACAUUACCGACAGCAUGGCCCCGCACCCGCGCAGGGACUUUGUGGUGCUGAGGCGCUGGUGCAACGACCUGCCACGGGGUGUGUGUGUGCUGGUGUCCUCCUCUGUUGACCAUGACAGCAUCCAGCUGGAGGCAGGCAUCCGAGCGGUGAUGCUGACCUCGCGAGUCAUGAUUGAGCCGUGUGGACUGGGGCGCUCCCGCCUCACGCACUACUGCCGAGCCGACCUCCGGGGCCGUUCUCCAGAAUGGUACAACAAAGUGUUCGGCCACCUAUGUGCCGUGGAGGUCGCUAGGAUACGAAGCUCCUUCCCCGUGCUCGCGGCUCGAGGCCCAGAAACCAAACUCUGAGACGCAGCUGAGGACCAAACCCAAGAUCUUCAAAUGAUCAUCAUAAGAGAGAGAGAGAGAGAGAGAGAGAGAGAGAGAGAGAGAGAGAGAGAGAGAGAG